CAAGUUUAAAAUAAGUCAAGAGAUUACUGGUACCUGCAACUGCAGACUAGAACUUUCCCCGGAAACUUGUUAGACUUAAUGUUUGAGACAGUUUCUUUUUACUAUUUAAAGUAUUUAGUUUUAGUUCCUUCUUCUUUUUUUCCCUUCUAUUUCUAGGUAUACCCUAUUUCUAUAUACAACCUCAGCCUGUAUCAUGUUUGAUACUGCAAACUGUAUCAAAACCAGACCAUUCAAUUCAGAAAUUCAAUUCUGACAAAAACAAACUAACUAAGCCUUCUACUCUACACUCUAGUCUACAUGACAUUAUUUAAUUAUUAACACAUAUACAUGACAAGACUUAGAGUUACGUUAAGCUAGCUACUGAGCCACUAGUAACCGCAACAUGUCCAGAGUCCAGAUGCAAAAAAAUUUCUUUGUACCGGUAAAAAGGAAUUCAAGAAUGUACUUCUUUCUAAUAUAAAAAAUUAUGUACCAUCAUAUCUAUUGAGCUCUCAUAACUCUCAAGAUUUUCAUAUGUACAGACCUGUUUACUCUUACGAUUUUGGCAUACAAUGUACGAUUUUGAGGUGUAUAGUUGUAUAUACUGUAUGUUCAUUUUUUAAUAUAACAUAACAUAUUAAACGAUUUUGUGAUGAUAUUUUACGAUUUUAAGAGUUUGGGGGUAAACAGGUCUGUAUGUACCACUCUUGAGGUAAUUUACCCCAUUGUUGUGUUGAUGGAAUGAAUCUACUGGAGACAAUUUUGCAAUAUAUUUCAGAAAAUAAUAUGUUAAAUAUAAAGUAGGCCUACUUUUAAAGGUCUUUACUUAGUGUAAAUAUGCACAACAAAGUAUCCCCUUAGAUAAAAAUACUUGAAAUUACAAUUAUGGUAGCUUAUUAGAUGAUUUACAUAAUUUUUAGGCCUAUAAAUAUAAAUUACAUAGACUUAUUUAAUUUUAAUAAUAUUUUAUUACCCGGUACUUAUUUUAUAUAUUAAGACGUGAUGUAAAGCCAAAAAAUAUGGAUAUCUCAGAAGAAACCUUUGGAGCCAUUGAUGUUUUAGGCUUGGAUAGCAAUAACUCAGAUAUUUAUGGUCCCCAUCUUUGGAAAAGUGGAUUUGAUGAAGAUGAGGAUGAUGUAGAGGAGUUCACAGAGGAAGAGUUGGCAAGUAAGAUAGCAAAUUUUUAUUAAACAUUUUGGAAAAGGCUACUAAAAAGCAAAAAAUUUUUAAACAUAUUGGUAUAGGUUACUAAAAGGUAAAUAUCAGAUAUGGUGUCCUAUUUUCACAAAAUUUAAGAGGAAGAUGGUGCUUAGAAGAAAUGUUAAGUUUAUAAAAAGUACUAUCAUAAAUCAUAACAAUGACUUCAUGAACUUCAUUUAUUUAAACAAAUUAAAAUUUGACAUUUAUAUUUGAAGUUGCUAUAAGGUUGCAUUAACAUCAUCUGGGUCAAAUCAAGUACUGGUACUUAAAGCGACGUCUCUGCCUUAAAAAAAUUAAAUGUCUGGGUUAUAUUUUAUCAUUUGUAAUAAAUAUUAGAAUAUCCCACUGGUAUAUGUUGUUCAAAUCAUAAUCAUGGUAGUAAAACAAUAAUUAAGUUUCUCAACAAUCUUAUUAUUCUCAGAUGACCCAGGCAAAAGAAUUCUGUGGGCAGCUGAAAACAACAAAUUAGAAGUUGCCAGUGACAUCUUGACAGCUCACCCAAAAUUGGUUGCAUCACAUGAUGGUGAUCUAUACACACCCUUACACAGAGCAUCUUAUAACAAUCAUAAGGACAUGGCACAGGUGAUGAAUCAAUUUUACCGUUAUAGGAACAAAUCAAUACUUUUUACAGAAUUUUAAUUUUCAAAAAAUUUCAGCAUAAGUUUUAGGUUCAUCCUUACCUUCUUAUUCAUUUCACAACAUUGCUAGACUUUCCCAGGAUGAAUUCCCAAAAUUUCAUGGGGGCCCCCUUCUCCAAUACAAUCAUUUAUAUUAUAAAUGUUACACACACACCUGAAAAUGGCGGUCAUGGGUGACUGAUCACCCCCUUCACUGGAAACUAUUGAAAAACAAUAUUUAUUUUAAACAAAUUUUUCCUUUUUUUUUCAAAUUUAUCACCUUUUGAUUUAGCAAUUAAAUUAAGAAAUUUUUAAUCCUGGUUUUUAUUCUCUUAGCUCCUCUCAAUAUAUAACUUGCUAUAGCAUUUAUGAUAAUAGAACACAAUUUAUUUUGCAAUCAACCACUAACAUGUUGAUACCGGUAUUUGAAAUGUUGUGCAAUAUUAAAAGUUCUGAAACCUGUUUAAGCCAUUAGACUUAAAAUGUUAAAAUAUGACUUUCAAGAUUUGUUUUAAGUUCCGGUAUGAGUACUAUACUAUUAGUAUGAUAGACUUUUUUGGUUGAUGCAAAUAUGAUUAUCUAAAAACAUGCAUACAGAUAAUGGUACUUGUAAAAACCACUGACUAGGAUCCUUUUUCUAGUAAAUUCUAUUGUGUUGCAUUAUUAUUGCUUAAGCUUAAAAUUUUUUUCCUUUUCAAAUUUUAUUUCAGCUCCUUUUAUCUCAUGGGGCUGAUGUAACUUCCAAAACAGCUGAUGGCUGGCAGCCCCUACAUAGUGCUGCUCGUUGGAACUCAGUUGAAACAGCCCAGCUCUUGAUUUAUGCGGGUGCUGAUGUAAAUGCACAAACCAAUGGCAACUUGACCCCACUGCACUUGGCUGCAGCAGAGCCAGAAAAUGGACUCAUGCUAGAGCUCCUGUUGACCGCACCAUUUAUUGAUAUAUGCAUUAAGUCAAAGGCUGGAGAAACUGCUAAAGAGAUCUGCUACAGGAGCAGUCCUCACUAUAAACUCUUUGAUUUAAUGGAUGAAUGUGUUAAUAAUUUUCAUGCUCCAACGUGAUAAAACAUUUUUUUUCAUUCUCAUUGUUCUAAAAAUAUAUACAUCUGGCAAGGAAACCAUGAUGGAAUUCGAUUGGCAUUAAAUUCAUUAAUGUUUAAAAAUAAUUAUUAGCCUUUGUUACAUUAUGUAAGUGAAUCUUAUUCAAGUUUACUUAAAUUAAUAUGAAG